CAGUAAGUGUUGUAACAUUACAGCAAAUCCCCCAUAAACCCAAGAUAAAGGAAGAUAACUGGAUUCCUAUAAAAACAAAGCAGUGAAGACACUUACUUGAAACAUCUCCUUGUACAAGCUCUAUGAACCAGAACUCACAAGAAGACAAAAACAGGAAUUUAGUAGGAAUCCAAAAACAAGGAAAGAGAGAGACGCGUACCAUCAGAUCUGGCAGGUCUCACUGUGACAUAUUAUAUUAUAGAGAGAUAGACAGACGCACAGACAUACAAGACUGGAACAAAUAUGCUGAAGCUGCCAGUGUUUCUUGCGCUUUUUUUGUCCCUGAGAUGUGAUUCUGCAACCCCAGACCUGACACCAAAAAACCAAGAUAACAUCAGGGUCUGUAUGGAUUCCUGUUACCCCCACGACUGCUCGGAUGUGUACAGAACACAGGGACUGACAACGGAUGGGGUGUACCUGAUAUACCCCUCUGGAACUAACUCUCCUGCAGUACCUGUAUACUGUGACAUGACUAGCCCAGGAGGACCAUGGACUGUAUUUCAAAAGCGAUUUAAUGGUUCAGUAAACUUUUACCGUGGUUGGGAAGAAUAUAAAUCUGGAUUUGGAUGUGCAAACGGGGAGUACUGGCUGGGAUUGCAGAAUAUUCAUCGUCUUCUGCAGAAAAAGUCCUAUUAUCUGAGAAUUGAUAUGGAAGAUUUUGAGAAUGAGAAAAGAUUUGUUACAUAUGGUACAUUCUACAUCUCACCUCUUGCAAUAUCUCCUGAGGAGGAUGGGUACAGACUGCAUAUCAGCGGAUUCAAGGAAGGCGAUGAAUUAAAACCGACAGGAAAUGGUCUAGCAACACAAAACGGUAUGAAAUUCUCCACUUACGACCGAGAUGGAGAUAUAUAUCAUGCAAACUGUGCUUUGAUCUUUAAGGGGGCAUCUUGGUACAGCAACUGCCACAGCGCAAACUUGAAUGGUAAAUAUCUGAAAGGUGAAACCACGGAGUAUGCAACUGGCAUGACGUGGUCUCCCUGGAAAGGACAAUACUACUCCCUAAAGACAUGUGAGAUGAAGAUAGCGCCAGCCGAGUAACCCUCACAUCACCAUCCUGAGUGUGCGCUGAUAUUACUGCUGUACAAACAACUCUUCACAACUUAUAUUUGUCUGCAAAAUACAGUUUAAACAAUUCUGUCUAUUAAGAAAUAUAUUUGUUUUGCUUUUUUCAAAAAAAUAAUAAUAAAAAAUAAAGCAUUUUUAUUUCAUAA